UCCAGCGCACAUGCGCAGUGCCUGCUGAGCGACUACAUCCGCGACUUCGCCUGCAGAUUUCAAACGGACUGGCGGGUAAAGCGGCCGCACGCCAUUUGUUAUGGCUAAACAAGGUACUCUCUCAGGGAUUACCCUGAAAGGAAGCGCCGAGCUCGUGGCGGAGUUUUUCUCCUUUGGUAUCAAUAGCAUUUUGUAUCAGCGAGGGAUUUACCCACCUGAAACCUUCACCCGUGUUACUCAGUACAAUCUGAGCAUAUUUGUGACUACAGACCCCAAAUUGAAAAGUUACCUGAACAACGUUGUACUUCAGCUCAAAGAAUGGUUGUUCCAGUGUACAGUACAGAAACUGGUUGUAGUUAUUACCAGUUUGGAAACCAACGAGGUUUUGGAGCGAUGGCAGUUUGAUAUUGAAUGUGACAAAACUGCAUCAGAAAAUAGUACUCCAAGAGAGAAGUCUAUCAAAGUAAUUCAGGAUGAAAUCCGUUCAGUUAUCCGUCAGAUCACUGCCAGCGUGACAUUUUUACCCCUUCUUGAAACGGCAUGUGCAUUCGAUUUGCUGAUUUACACAGACAAAGAUUUGGAGGUACCAGAAAAAUGGGAAGAAUCAGGCCCUCAGAUGGUCAACAAUUCCGAAGAAGUCCGCCUUCGUUCCUUCACUACAACCAUCCACAAAGUGAAUAGCAUGGUGGCUUAUAAAAAAAUCGAUACUAUUUAGUUUAUCGUUCUCCCCAUCCCGACUCUGUACAUAUUUCACCGACUCCUCCUUCUCUGUUUGUUGUUUCUCUGAGUUCUCCGAUUGUUGUUUAAGUCUUUAUUUGAGCCACUAUCGUAUGAAAAGCUUGUUUUGUGUUUUUGUCUUUUUAUGAUAUGGAAUACUUGACUUUUAUCAAUAUAAAAACCAAACAUGCAAAGGU